AUGGACGAUAUUGAUAAUAUAAUUCUCCACUCAUUACGCCAAAUUGACUGCGAUUUGGACGAAGACAUACAAGGCCUAGAGCAUUUUACGCCUUCCAUUUUGGUUCGAACCAUAUCGAAAUGUCUGCUGCUAAUCGAUCCAACUCUCGACCUGCCUCAAACGUUACCACCCGGUAUGGCCCAGAGGUUCACGGUGACCGCCAGACUAGCAGAGGCGUGUUCGACUGUGGGCUAUCGGAGAGAUAUCGGUUACCAAACGUUUCUGUACUCGAACGUGGCCGAAGUGCGGCGUGUGUUUAUGUUUCUUAUAGAGCAGCUGCCAAAAGACUCGGCCGAUUCGGCCACACCUGAGGCACCGUUCGAUCGAGUAACGUCUCUGGAAAAUCGCAUUUCAGAAAAUAUGCGCCAACAGCUGCGUGGAGCCUGGCGAAAGGAUCUUUCCCCGCUGGAUCUCAGGCAGGCGACACUUGGGUGGCCCAGUCGUGGGCGAAGUAAUGUUCCUUUUGUAACUCAAAGGGAGGUUACAGCCGAAAUUAAGGAAUACUGGCUUCGCCGCAGUGGUUUGUGGGAUGAGGAAAAAGACGAAGUCGAUCGCCAGCUCCCAAACAAUGCCGAGGAGUCGGUUUUAAAAUUACAAGCUUACUACGCGCAAAAUAAAGCGAAAUCUCCUCUCACCGAUGUGCCAGAAGCGAACGAACAUCUCAACCGGGAAGACCAAAUCGAGGCGCUUGAACAAGAAAUAGCGCGAAUUCAAACUGCUUUCGAAGAGACGCAAUCGGAAAAACGGGAUAUUCAAUCUAAACGCGAUACGAUCAGCGAGGACAUGAAAGUGCUCGAAAAGGUGUUUCAAAAAUUAAAAGAAGAAAAGAAAAUCAAGGAGCGAACGCACAUUCUACUGGAAAAUCCAGAAGUGAACGUGGCCAAAUUGGAAUCAAUCAUUGCUGCUGGUGGAGAGAAAAUGAAGAAGCUACAAAGCCAGUGGGAAGCGCACCAGGCGCCACUAAUGGCCACGUUAGAGGAACAUCGCACGAAGAAUUCAAACCAAGUUAGCAAGUCUCAGAAGCUGGUCGAUCAAAUAGAGUCGGCUCGCCAGAAAUCGGAAGAGGUCAUAGUCGAUUUGCAAACAAAAAGUGCGUUACACGCGAGGCUAGUUCAGGAGUACGAACGAAUGGGUAAAACCGUCAGUCGAAUGGCUUACACAAAUCGAAUCCUGGAGAUAGUGGGCAACAUUCGCAAGCAGAAAACGGACAUCGAUAAGAUUCUGCAUGAUACGCGCAAUUUGCAAAAGGAAAUCAACUCCACCACUGGCCAGCUUGACCGGCAGUUUACCGUGACGGACGAUCUGAUCUUCCGAAACGCGAAGCGGGACGAGCAAUGCAAGCGUGCCUACAUUUUGCUCGUCGCCCUGCACACCGAAUGUAGUGAACUUGUUCGGCUGGUGCAGGACACCGGUGCCGUGAAGCGGGAGGUGCGCGAGCUGGAAGAUCAGAUCGAGAAUGAGAAGGAUCGUAACGUAGUGGCGAAUCUUUCACAAAUCACCCACGAUCUGGAGGAAAUGCAACAGGAAAGUCGACGGCUUGAGGAAGCGAUUCAUCAACUCGAGGCUUGCGCGGGGCGCAAUGGAGCGCACUAAAAUAAUCGUUAUCAUUUGGAGAUCUUAUGAUAGGGAUAAUAAAAUGUGAUA